AUGAUCCUGUGGAAUUUAUUUGUGUUUAUUGUGGUUUUUAAUUUCAUUAUUUGCAAUAUUUUUUGUGAGGAUAUUGAGAAUGACUUUAAUGAGCUGCCUGAGAAAGACUUAAAUGAAUUACCUGAAAAUAACGUGAGUGAGGAAAUGGUCGAAGAAGAAAAUUCAAGAAAUUAUGUCCUAGACUCAGUUUAUGAUACAUUAAGGCAAAACUAUGAGAUGAAAUUGCAGCAGAAUGUUCAGAAAUUGAACAUGAUAAGCGAUAUAAGGAAUAAACGUAAUACAAAUGAUCCAAUGACUAACGUGAAUUAUCAAGAUUAUUACAAGAAUCAUCAACUUGAUUUUAAUCGAAAAAAUGCCUUGACAUUCCCAUUAGGCUUUAAACAUACACCGAAAGUGAUACCAAUAGCAAAUCCAGGUCCGCCACUUCAUAGAUCAGAUUAUUAUGAUGAAGAUUAUGGAUAUCAGUUCCAUAAAUGUCAAGAGAAGCCGGCUGUUCAAACAUUUCACAUUUCCGAUCAGGAUCAUGAACACAAACAACAUCCAUCAAUAUCAAUGGUUCUGUUGACGGGUCUAAAGUAUCUUUUUGGUGGUUUUGCAAUACUUGCAUUGCCAUUCAUUGUACUUAAAGCAAUAUUUCUUCCCAUCAAAUUCUUCUUCUUCUUCAAAGCCCUCGCAUUACUCAAAACCUUUUUAAUGAUGACUGUAUUCAUGCGAUUUUUACGAUACAAUCGACGAUUUCAAAACUUCCCAAAUAGACCAAAUAACAGACCAAAUAGACCGAAUUUUCCUCUGUUUCCCGGAAGAUACAAAACCAAAUUGCAGACAAUCAAAGAUAUCCUAAAUAGUCAAGAAAUGGUUGAUUUAGAUGUUGAUGGUGAGGUAGAUGAUGAUUAUCGGACCGAAGAAGAACCUUUAUCGAAGGAAAAUGCAAGUGCACCGAUGUAUCUUAAUAAUCCAUUUAAUUCGUCCGACAUUUCAGCUGAAUUUUUGGAAAAUUUGGAAAAGCUAAUAAAGUUGAAAGGAAAGAAGUGGUGA